UGCUUAGGGCGUAGGCUGAAGGACACAAGCAGUGGAAUUGGUGUCUUUUGCAAGAUUGAAGUCAUGGCAGGUCCAGAAAUUGAUGCCCAAUUCCAAUUCACUGGUAUCAAAAAAUAUUUCAACUCUUACACCCUCACAGGUAGAAUGAAUUGUGUACUGGCCACAUACGGAAGCAUCGCUUUGAUGGUCUUAUACUUCAAGUUAAGGUCUAAAAAGACACCAGCUGUUAAAGCAACAUAA